UUCAGCAGAAGAAGAAGAAGCAGGUACAACUUCCGACUGUUUGUGUUUUGGCAGCAGUUGACAAAAGGAAGGCGUCGGCACAUAGCCACAAAUUUCUUCAUUUUAAUGCCAAAAUGGGGGCUUGUCUUGCCUUGUGUUCUUUAGCAAGCUGUGCCUCUUGUCUGUGUGGCUCAGCACCAUGUCUUUUGUGUGGCUGCUGUCCCUCCUCCAAUAACUCCACCAUCACACGGCUGGUUUUCUCCUUCUUUUUGCUGCUGGGGACCAUGGUGUCUGUCAUCAUGAUCCUUCCUGGCAUGGAAACGCAGCUCCGCAAGAUCCCAGGAUUUUGCCAGGGAGGAACUACUAUACCUGGCAUCGAAAACCAAUUCAACUGUGAUGUCAUUGUGGGCUACAAGUCAGUAUAUCGUAUGUGCUUUGCCAUGGCCUGCUUCUUUUUCCUGUUCUCUGCCAUCAUGAUUCGUGUCCGUAGCAGCAAAGACCCCCGUGCAGCUCUUCAAAAUGGGUUCUGGUUCUUUAAGUUUCUGAUCCUGGUUGGAAUUACAGUCGGAGCUUUUUUCAUCCCCGAUGGAACAUUUCAUACAGUGUGGUUUUACUUCGGAGUUGUGGGGUCCUUCAUCUUCAUUCUAAUCCAGCUUAUUCUCCUCAUCGACUUUGCCCACUCAUGGAAUAAGAUCUGGGUAGAAAAUGCUGAAAAUACGGACAACAAAUGCUGGUUUGCAGGGCUACUGUCUUUCACUGUCCUCCAGUAUGCACUGGCGAUCACUGCUGUGGUGCUUUUCUACAUUCACUACACAAAACCAGAUGACUGCACAGAACAUAAAGUGUUCAUCAGCCUCAACCUUAUCUUCUGCAUCAUCAUCUCUGUUGUCUCCAUCCUACCAAAGAUACAGGAAGCUCAGCCUCACUCUGGUCUGCUUCAGGCUUCUCUCAUCUCUCUCUACACCAUGUAUGUCACUUGGUCUGCAAUGACCAACAACCCAAAUCGUAAAUGUAACCCCAGCCUGUUGAGUCUAGUGUCAAACGUCAGCAAUAGUGAACCAUCUGGGGACAGCAACCCAGGACAGGUGCAAUGGUGGGACGCUCAGGGCAUCGUUGGUUUGAUCAUCUUCCUCUUCUGUACCCUCUAUGCCAGUAUCCGAUCAUCCAGUAACACCCAGGUAAACAAGCUGAUGCAGACAGAGGAGGGUGGAGGGUCGGGUGGAGAGGGCGUGGUGGGAGAGGACGGCAUUCGCAGAGCAGUCGACAAUGAAGAGGACGGAGUCACUUACAGCUACUCCUUUUUCCACUUCCACCUCUUCUUGGCCUCCUUGUACAUCAUGAUGACUCUUACCAACUGGUAUCAACCAGACACCACCACCCAGGCCAUGCAGAGCAGCAUGCCAGCUGUGUGGGUGAAGAUGAGCUCCAGCUGGCUGGGCCUCGGACUCUACCUCUGGACCCUCAUCGCCCCUCUUAUCUUUCCUGACAGGGAUUUCAAUUGAGCACGUCUUGUCUUUUGUAUUCGAUUGUUUUCUUUUCUCUUGCCUGGUGUAUCACACAGUUUGAAGGAUGCUACAAAAGGCACUCGAAGGGAUACUGUGAAGAUACGAAUUUCUUUUUAUUCCUUUCUUAAAUAAUUGCCUCUGUUGUUAUUGUGUUUGUGUUGUUUUCCUCCUCUCAGCUUGUUUUAUUGAGUGUAACAAUCAGUACAGAUUUUCUUAGCCUGGUUGAUGAUCAUUUUAGCCAUAAUAAGUUACUUUAUUUAGCAGUGACUCACAUUGAUAGGUUACCUCCUACCUUCUGUGGUGUGAUUGUGUGAGCUUCAAUAUCUUUGUGCUGGAUUUUAGUUCAUGCACUAUCACUAAGACUCUGCAACAAGGCACUUUCUCAAUACCUCAGAUGUUUCACUUACAGAUUCCCUUUUGAAGGCCUUUCAGAGCAGACUUCUCUGAUCGGCCAGGUCUGGAAUACCCCUGAUUAGCUGGACUCCUUUACUGCUGGGGGCGACGAGGGAAGCCCCACUCGGGAGCCCCAGAGCGCAGUGAGUGUGAGAGCGAGAUAAGACUUAACAUGUCACACCCUACAGAUCAUAACAGGGUUUCCCUGUUGCUGCUAAGCUGUAUGCACAUCUACGUCAUUGCACCUCGAGUCAGAGAGUCCUAGUAGACAGCCAGUCUAAUCUCAGCUCUUCCUUGUCUACUGAAACCUAAGGUAAUUUAUCUCUGGUGCUAAACUUAUCCAUGUCUGACUUUGUUUGACCUUGGACAGCCACGGGCAACAAUCUUUACCGGUACAGCAGUGUGUUUGCAGCAGGGAGACGUAUUGAUUCAUAGCAGUCAGCAUCAUGCAAUCUGCAGUGGUACGGUUCAAGAGUUGAUAGCAUAAACUCCACACUACCUGUGUUCUUAAAAAAUGCCAUUAUUUCUAGAAGGAUGCAGAGUGAGAGGAAAAAAGGGAUUAUAAAUGUUGCAUUGUCCAAAACAAUAAUAUUGCAUUUCAGAAAUGAUAAAUUGCUGUUAAAUGGUAUUGAAUUUCAUAGUAAUUUAAUGGUUGUAAUGGUGGUACAGUACUUAUGCAUUAUAUAGUAGUUACCUCAAUUUCAAUAUAAAUGGAAUAAGUUAAAAUAUGAUCAGUAUAUUUUGCACUUGUGAGAAAAAUAGUUUUUUUUGGUACAAUCCUGAAAAUGUUAUCCUUUUUAUGUUUUGUUGUUUUCAAAGUGACAUGAAUCAGACAUCUCGUUUCUGUGGUUGGAUAUGAGUAUUGUGAAUGGAGUUUGUGAUAAAUUUAAAUCUUCUGUUUUUUUAGAUAUUGUUUGCACAUUUUAACCCUAUAAGGAUUAUUUAGGCAUAAUUGCCAGUGUUAGAUCCUAACAUGUCAUAUUUCACAACACUCUUAAGUGCCUUUUUGUAGUUUUGCAUUUCUUGAAGAAUUUAACACUAAUGCUGAUGUGCUUAUUAUGCCUUGCCUUACAUUGUGGUGAAUCAGUCAUUGCAUGCCAUAGGGCAUUGGUCUAUGACAUAAAUAAAUAUUGUAAUUAAUGUAUAAAGUCAGUUUUUAAUAAAUGAUGGAAACUUUCUCUCA